AGAACAACCAGCAGACAGCACUUAAGCAGUUUCGUCAAUAAAAACUAGAAUCGAGGCGGAAGCCGUACAGUCACAUUGCUCCUACGUAAUUGCCUUUGGCAAAAUAAACAAACAGAAAAAAUAGAAGUGAAAAAAUAGAGAUCGGUCAUUCCAGACUGCAGGGGAAAAAUAUGGCGGGCAGCAGAGGAAGAAAGGUGGUUCAAAAGGCUGAAAAAAAGGCUCCUAAGUCAAAGCUUGAGAACACUGAUCCUUCUUCUGGAGGAAUGGAAAAGCAGUCUGAAUGUGCAAAUCCUUCAGAGACCAAUCUUAUUGAGAAACUUAUUGAUGAUAUAACCAUUAUUGAAAGUGGUGAGAAAGAAGAGGAUCCAACUAAUCAUGCAGAAGGUGAUGUAGCAAAACCAAGAAUAGUGCAGAAAAAAAUGGAAGAUAGAGUUUACUUCGUUGAACAACAAUUAGAAGCACUGCAAAUGAUUGUAAAGAAAUUAAAGUCUAAGCAACCAUCGAAGGAUUCUCGCAUGACUGAAUGCUCAAGGGCAGCAGAUAUUAGUUAUAGAAGCCUGUACUCUGACUCUCAGAAAAAGAUUGAAGCCUUGACAAAUGGAAAUCAUCAACUUGCUUUGAAGCUGGAGCAUGCUCUUGGCAAACUUGAAGCAUAUGAAGCUGGUGCUUGUGUUUUCUCAAAAGGGCUGCAGAAAUUGAAGGAUGUGGUGGUCAUGAUGUCAAAUCUGCCUAGAGCACCUGAAUCAGAAAAUUUACCAUCUCAAGCAAUGCGUGGCACUUCUACUUCACUGGGCAAAGCUGGUGGCGUGACCAUAAGUGCCCCUAAGAGAAAGAGACCUGAUCAACAAAGUAAAAAGUGAUGUUCUAGGCGGUUUAAAGUAAGGUGCUCUCUUGAGUCCAAAGUAAAAAUGAAUAGUAAUUUUGUAU